AUGGCAUUCUCGACUAAAAGUAUCUCCUGGUCGCUGUAUAAAGACGCCUCAUGCUCCGACGCUGGUCGAGUGUUCCACGGACUUUUUGAUGUUGCGGUCGUAACAUCUCGACGAUGUCAAGUGGUUGAAUCCAAUGGCGACAACCCUUCUGAUGGAUCGCUCGUGUCGCUGAAAACGACUGGACUUGAACUCGUGCCGGAAGUUCAAAGCCGAGUGGAAAAUCUCCUCGAGCGACGUCCCCGUCAUUGUGAUCAGCAAAGCUCAAUAACUGAUACUAAUCCAAAGGAUGAAAAUGACGACGAUGCGUUUCCCGUGGCUAUUGAGAAUCUCAGUUUAAGUGCUGAAGCUGCUGAAGAGCUGGGGCUCAGGGACGACAAGGCAGGAGUUAUCGAGGAUUCCAAUAGGCAAGAGAGUGACUGGUUUUCGUGGAAGAUACAGCGGGCAGAUGAGUACCGAGUACGUGGGAACAAAGCUUUCAAACAGGAGAGCUACAGCUUGGCUGUGCAGCUUUACAAGCGAGCACUAGCAUGGCUGGAGCCGCCAGCUGCUUGGUCGCAAACGGCACUCGAUGCUAAAGGACAGUACUCGAUCGAGGAGCUGCACCAGGUGAACCACGUAGCUGUCGCGUGCUAUGCCAACUUGGCGACGAGCUAUUCAAAGAUCAACAGAGACGGUGACAUCGAUCGCUGCAUCGCUGCUGCUACAAGGGCACUGGCGAUCGAAGACGCACACGUGAAAGCUCGCUAUCGUCGAAGCCAAGCGUAUGUCCAGUCGAAAGCGUUUGACCAGGCGCUUGCAGAUCUCACAAAGCUACUCGAGCUCGAACCGAACAACAAUUUGUUCCGAAGUGCAUUGGCUCGAGCUCGACGAGCAAAGACGCAACUCUGCAAGAAGCAGCAAGCCGCGUUUGCAAACCUCUUUGAAUAG